CUUCAAUUUUAAACCUUAAGACCGUCAAUCAAUUUUCUCAAAUACAUCUAACAUGGCUUUUGCAACGGACCGCGUUCCUCUCUGGCUGGACUGUGACCCUGGCCACGAUGACGCCUUUGCUAUUCUCAUCGCUGCCCAUCACCCGUCCUUGAACCUACUAGGCAUCACCACGAUCCACGGCAAUGCGUCUCUCGCAAACACAACCGUCAACGCCACCAGAAUCCUGGAAGCCAUUGGUCGACCUGAAAUUCCAGUCUACCCAGGCAGCAGCAAGCCGUUCUGCAGACCUGCAGUUCACGCCGCGAAUAUCCACGGCGACUCGGGCAUUGAUGGCACAGAUCUCCUCCCCAAGCCAUCUCGCGCCCCCAUCACCGACAAGAACCCAAUUCUCACCAUGCGAGAUGCUCUACUGGCACAGCCAAAGGGCACCCCGUGGGUCAUCGCCACCGGCGCCCUAACCAACGUAGCCCUCCUCUUUGCGACAUUCCCCGAAGUCGCAGAACACAUCCAAGGCCUCAGCAUCAUGGGCGGCGGCGUAGGCGAAGGCUUCACCGACGCCCCAAUCUGCCGCCUCGUCGGCGAGGAAAGCAGGAUCGGAAACGUAACGCCCCUAGCCGAGUUCAACAUCUACUGCGACCCCGAAUCCUCCCAAUCAAUCCUCGGCAACCCCAUCCUAGCCCCCAAAACCACCCUCAUCAGCCUGGACUUAACCCACCAAGUCCUCGCCUCCCCCACCGUGCAAGCCCGCAUCCUCCGCGGCGGGGACGACCCCUCCAUCCCCCCGACCACCCUCCGCCAAAUGCUCUUCGAGCUCCUCACCUUCUUCUCCUCGACCUACGAAACAGAGUUCGGCAUCACGGCCGGACCGCCCCUGCACGACCCGCUCGCCGUCGCCGUCAUCCUGUCAACGCUGAACCCGACUUUCGCGAAGCACCACCCGACUCAGGCGCUAAGGUUCGACGAUCGCAACGGCGAGCGAUUCGCUGUUCAUGUUGUCACGGACGGUCUUCAUGGUUCUGAUGUUGCCCUUGUGGGUGAGUUGGGCCGCUCCCGCGUGAAGUCUGAUACCGUGGGCGUGGCCAUCCCUCGUGGGGUGGACCUUGAAGCGUUCUGGGGUUUGGUUCUGGAGUGUAUCAAGCGUGCGGAUGUUUGCAAUGCCGCGCGUUUGAAGUGAGCUGUCUUUAUCUUGACUAAGGUUGCUUGGAUGGUCUUAUAGUAGAGUAUAUCUAGAUGUCAUUUAUGCUUCAUGUCAUUUCU